ACAAACUGAGCACAGGAUAAUCCAGCUGUGAAGGCGCUCAUAGGGUAGUAAAUGCUGUCAAAGAUAUCAGCGGAUCUUACCUUCUACAGCACGCUGUCUUUGCUGUUUGCACCAGAAAUACAGGUUCAAAAUCAGGCCCAAGCGCACCUAGGGCUUGUCUUGUGUGAACGCUUGAUCAACAUGCCUGUAGAGAUCUUUCCACCCAUGUAUUGUAUGCUCGUUGAUGAAUUACAGGACGCAGUCGCAGAUGGUGAUCCUUAUCAUUUCGCCCACUCCCGUGCGUAUCGCCUGAUGCCCGAGGAAGAGGAGGCGAUGGCUGCUGCGAAGAAGGAUUUGACACAAUACAAGUCAUCAGAAAGUUCUCAAUUAGGAAGGGUCAGAAAUAGUCAAAUUUUUGCAGACUUUCGCGCGUUGGCGGGCCGUUGCCUCUUGACUAGGAAGCUCCCAGACGCAGAUGAAAGUCCCAAUGAAACUACCGUGAGCAAGUUCGUUCGAGGGUUGGCCUCCAUCGUGGUAUCGCAGUUGGCAGUCCCGUGUUGGAAACUGUCCGGUGGGCAUGGUCCCCGCGAUUUGGCAUCCCCCAGUCCCUCUCAGUCGAAUCUCAUAUCUAAACUUGGGCAUUUAGAGAAGAGAGAUCUCCAGCUCAAAACUGACAGAUAA